AUGUUUAUACUUUCGGAUCUUUAUCGGGUUUCAAUAGGUGUUGGCAAUCGAGUAUUAACACCUCGUAUGAAACAGAUUGUCAAAUGGGAUCAUCCGGCUGGAAUGAAAUAUAUUCAUUUUUGGGCUCCACUUAUGAAAUGGUCGUUAGUUGGAGCUGGAUUUGGUGACAUGCUUCGACCAGCCAAUAAACUUUCACUAAAUCAAUCGAUAUCUUUAUUUGCAACUGGUGCUACUUGGAGUCGAUAUUCAAUGGUCAUUGUACCAAAAAAUUAUAUGCUUUUUGCUGUCAAUAUAUUCUUGGCUUUCGUUGGUGGACAACAAGUUGCUCGUAUAGCUCAUUAUCGUUAUACACACUUGGAAACGCCGAAUGAGAAGGAAAAACAAAUCUAA